AUGGCUGGUUCGGCUACUUCUGGGGGCUCAACAACUGGUUCAAUCACCGGGUCUACACCGUCCUCUACUGCACCGACAACCUACUCCUGUCCCUCGGUCAACAACCAAACAGUCACUGAUGCUAAUGGGGCCAGCUACCAGAUUAUGUGUGGCUCGGACACAACAUUGGGUGGUAUCAACUAUGGCUCUUCACCAGACUUCAAUGGCUGUAUGACAAUAUGCGACGGUGUUAAUGGCUGUGGUGGUUUCGUAUACAAUGGAAACUGUUAUCUCAAGUCACCUGGCUCUGGGGGACUUCAAUUUGUACCUGCUGGUCCAAACUCUGUUGCUGGUAUCAGAAAGGGUGUCGUCGGCGCUACCUCGACAACUUCUUCUGCGCCAACCGCUACUGUGUCAAUGACCAGCUACUCCUGCCCCGCGGUUGACAAUCAAACAGUCACUGAUGGCCUCGGUGCUAGCUACGAGAUCAGAUGUAACUCGGACACGACACUUGGUGGUGUCCUAGCUGGAACCUCACCAACUUUCAAUGGAUGUCUGCUUUAUUGCGAUGGCAGUUAUGGUUGUGGUGGCUUUGUCUAUACCACCACCAACGACGGGACCGCCGGAAACUGUUAUCUCAAGAACCCUGGUUCCGGAUCGCUGUCCUUCGUCCCUGCCGCUAAUGGCUAUGUUGCCGGUAUCAGAAACGGAUUGGCUUAUGGCUCUGGCCCGCCACCAAGUAGUACUCAGACAACACCUACCGUUGCCCCUACUGGAGGGCCUCCCAAAUGUCCCGCUAUGGACGGCUCAACUAUCACGGACGCCAAUGGUGCUAAGUAUAGCAUUUCAUGUGGUGGUGACAGUCAGGGUGGUCUCAUCGCCGUCGUCGGUGCCAAUGGAGAAGGCAUUAACGGAUGUUUCGCUGCUUGCGAUAGCACCUCCGGAUGUGCAGGCUUCACUUACUCGGGUGACAGUACUAUGACCAUGGGCAAUUGCUAUUUGAAGUCGUCGAUUGGCGCUACAUCAAGUGGAGGUUCAGGCACCAUCGCUUUGGCCAUCUUGGUCUCUCCCGCCACUGUUUCUGUAUCGAUGAUGUCCGCGACUACUUCCAUGCCCGCAGCUGCUUCAAGUGGCAGCGGCAGCGGAAGCGGAAGUGGCUCUGGAUCAGGAGCGAGCAGUGCUAGUAGUAGCGCUGCUGCAUCGUCUCCUGUGUGUACCGGUCCUCCUCUUCCCUCUGGAAGCGGUAGCUCUACAGUCCUCAACCCUGAUGGCUCAACAUCGACUUACAACGGCCUGUUGCCUAGCCCAACUCGUUGUGACUUUGGCGACCCGAUCAACACCGACGAAGACGACUCGUACUGUGAAAUCGACCUUCCCUUCCAGAUGAGGNNGAUGUAUGGUGGAUCCUCAACCGUGACCUUCNNCCCCUCCACUAACGGCGUAUGUAUCUCUCCGAUAGACCAUAUGUUGUAUCUUGCUGACGCUUUCACUCUANNGGUUCUCACAUUGAAUGAGGGCACCGCUGAUUACGAUAGUUCUCCUGGCCUUCCCAACCCCUACCUCCCCUUGUAUGCCGCAGCCCCCUUCUUCGACGAUCUGUUCAAACAGGGAAGCGAUGACGAACAGGGUAUCUUCUACACUUACACAUCCACUGCCGUCACUUACGAGUAUCGCCUUAUUCGUGCUGGCACAUACGAGACUUACCACUUUACUGUCGACUAUGACAGCACCAACCCUGGUGUCUUUGUCUAUAGAUACUACGAUAUCGGUCAGGCACAGGGAUCGACUACUGCAACCAUUGGUAUUCAGGGAUCGAAUGAUGGUACCAACCAAGUUGCGGUUCAGUUUUCCAACCAGCGUUUCGGUGCUGUUGUGGCCAAUUCGACCUUGACUUGCGAUACCGCCACCACACCAGCCACUUGUGUCCUCUCAUGUUAA